UUUGGAUCGAAUCUAGUCCAAAAUGCCAAGAUUUCUGUUGUUGCUGAUCAUCGCCAUGUCACUAAAGUACUGUAACACGCAAACAAGACAGCGCUGCUCGAAAUGUCCGCCAGGUUAUGGGGCAGAGAAAAAAUGCACCAAUACUCAAGACACCUUCUGCGUACCUUGCAAAACGGGGACCUUUUCAAAAACCUAUUCAAGAAACCAACCAUGCCAAAAAUGUUCAGAAAAGUGUACAUCCAGACAUUUCAUCCACAAACAGUGUACAAAAACCCGUGACGUCAUAUGUGCACGGUGUGACGUAUAUGAUGGCGACAUAACGGAAGACUUUAAGAGAAGCUGCAAAAAAGAAGCUGAAACCUCGUUUCUGUCUUUUUCCACUCUCUGGUAUAUGCUUGGCUACACGGACGAUGAAGAUUCAGACGAGGCGACAAGCACAAAAUUGGCUGAGGUUUCUCGCAGGAGCACUUUCUCCUAUCCUGUAUCUCAAUCGCCUCCCGAUCAAAACACUUUCAAUAACAACACAGAUUUUCUUAACCAGUCGAAUACGACUGUGGAUACCAAUGGAACUGGUGGGGACGGUUUUUUGCUGGAUGAGAGAAAUGACGUGAUGAUAUCUUUUGAAGGAAACGCAACGGGUUCAAAUUCCAGCAAUAUCAACUUAUUUCAAAAUAUAACUAACAGUCUAGACGAUCCCAAUGCGCAAAUAGACCCAGAGGACAAGGACGACCAGAAUGACGACGCUCAAAAUUACGGAGUGGUAGCAGGGGCACUGGUAGCCGCAGUGGUAUUUUUCUCGCUAGGAGCGUGCAGUAAUAGAUUCAAGCAUAUCAAGAAACUUUGCGGCAAGAAAGAGAACGAGAAUAGCCCCAGAAAACCUCACAAGUCCGAUUUCUUUUUACACAGAUCAAGAAGGACAGAAUAUGAGACGGACAAGCACAUGCAGGCCAAUGGCUUUCUUCCGAGGCAAUCCGUCACAGGUCACAGUUUAAGGGCCUCGGCGGACCCUGCCGUUCCUGGUCCUAGCGUCGUGGACACACCUCAGGUCCCAGGGAGUUCCAUCGAUAGCAUCGAGUCAACCUCCGAUGUCUCCGGUUCUUCACACGAGAGAAUGAAUAACAAUCAUUUUAAACGAAACAAUAUAAAAGAUAGCCGAGAAUUGCUUAGGAGCUCUAUAAAAUCGAAAUCUUCCGAAGGAACGAAGGGGGGAAAUAACGGGAAUCAGGAUUUCACAGCAAAUGGCGAUUUCAGGGAAUCUUUUCGGCCCUCAGUUAUUGAAACUGAUAUUUUGGAUUACAGAGAAAGCCGAGUGAAUCCUGACACGAAUACUAAAGACGAUAUGCAAAACACAUCCAACACGCCGCAGCGUGUAGAGGGGGUCGACGAGUCUGAUUAUAGAGCGUAAAUAUAAUACAUAACACUGUGUUCUUUCAGUUCACCACCCUUAACUUUCAGUUACAGUUUAGUUAACAGUAGAUGUAACAUCCCAAAUAGGCCUUGCUGGACUUAUCCUUUUGUCACAAUGGGCAUUUUCAUUUUCGUUCUAUUUCAACCGAACGAUAAGGUUACAGAAAGGGAAACAGCACAGAAUAUAUCUGUAAACAACCACGCCAGGCCGAGCAAACCACGCCCGAAGACAUUAGUGAUGUUUCAUUACACCAAAUAAUGAAUAAUUUCUGCACUCAUUUUACCUAUGACCCAUCGAAUAAAUGCCCAGUAACGUAAUUAGUCAACAAUAAUGCUCAUAAUAAAUGAUUAACUAAAACGUACAGGUUAACGUCCUUUA